AUGCCGAGCUUUGCCGAGCUCGGCCAUCAGGUUGGCAUUGAGCAUGAGUUGUUGAACCUUGUUGAACCAAACCAUACGAAGCACACUGCCUCCGAUUUCGACCAACUCACGGUUCAAAAAACGAUUAGAUUUCAGGAAUAUCAAGGUACACAUUUCAAAGUGAUGAUCAGGCUAGGCUCCACCCAACUUUCCCGAACCCUACCCUCAAUUUCCAUUGGAACAGAUGCGUUCAGAGUAUCUCAUCUCAAUCAAGUGCCCAGCCUUUCUCGUUUGUUUCAUGACGUCAGAACUCAGCAUCAGGCCUUGACGAGUAAUGGUCGCAUGAGAAUGAUAAUGUUGGGCCCCCCAGGAUCGGGAAAAGGAACUCAUUGCAGUAAAUUGAUAUCAACCUUCAAUCCUUCUUUGAUUGGAACUGGCGAUUUACUUAGGUGGAAUGUAAAUAAUCAUACCGAACUUGGUAAACUGGCGGAAAACUACAUCUCACGUGGAGAUUUACUACCAGAUGAUGUCAUUCUCGAGCUAGUGAAACCGGAACUUCGUCAACUAGCUGAUCGAGAUUGGAUCUUAGAUGGGUUUCCUCGCACAAGAGCUCAAGCCAUUAAGCUUGAUAAAUUUCUCAAGGAAGAAUUGAAAGACGAACUUAAUGUAAUCAUUGCUUUACACGUACCUGACGAUAUCAUUCUACAUAGAAUAUCAGGGAGAUGGAUCCAUGGCCCAUCAGGAAGGGUAUACAAUACAACCUAUAACCCUCCGAAAGUCGAAGGAUUAGACGACGUGACUGGAGACCCCCUUAUCAAACGAAAAGAUGAUACAGUCGAAGUCUUUGCGAAUCGAUUAAAUUCGUUCCACGAAGAGAAUGAACCAAUGCUCAACUAUUACGAAUAUCAAACAUUCCUCAAGUCCUCUUCUGCUUCACAGGAACCAUCAACUACAGACAAGUGCAAAAAGCUUAUCCAUCUGUCUGGUCAUACGAGCGAUGAUAUCUGGCCUCAAAUAUAUGAACAUGUACAAGAACGUAUGAGUUCGCACACGAGUAUCUUAGCAGAUGAAGUCAGAGGCAGUCAAAGUAUUCCCAACAAUCGCACAAAAUCGAGUUAUCUCGAGAAGUGUUUUGACAGGAUAGUUGAAGUGCUAAAUUUGAAAGUUCAGGAAGUUUUGCUCUUUUGUUAUUGGAGUGAGUUGGUUUACAACACUAAAAAAUAUGUGAGUAUGGGUGGUCUCACUGAUAAACGUGAAUUACUUUUGUUACAAAACGAUUGUGUAAAAGGAUCCAACCAAAGGAUCUGAUAAAGGCCUACGAAUUUAAUCUCCGGGUAAUAAGGCUCAGGAGGUUAUAACGAAUGAAAUGAGUCCAGCGGCACAGAUAAAGAUGGAUUCAAUAUGCAAUAAAGACAGUGUUAUAUAAGCUUUGAAGGCUAAAGGGUAGUAUCAAGUAGAUAAAUUGCUAAAAAUGAAGAAAUUUGACUAAUUAGAGAAUGAAAAUAAUCAAGAGAAGACUGGAGAUAGUAAAAGAUAGAUAAAAAUAUUGUCCGAGGAAAGAAAAAGUCUCCCGAAGUUUACAUGAUUUAUAUGGAAUGAGAAACAACAAGAAGGCUGAAACCACGGCAAGGACGAAUACGACGCGAGCUCUUGAAAAUCUAGACGAAGUUAAGAUAAGGAACCGAUUACAGAAAGUAAUACAUGGCGAAUAAGUUAGUAAGCCUGGUACGAUUGUAGGGUAACUUGAAAAAGGAAUUUCUUAGGAUAAAAAUGAAGAUGACCAUCAUCACAAGAAAAAUUUGAUGAAAUUUAGAGGUUAAGCUGUGAUGACAUGUGGAAUGAAUAUGUACAACUCCUUUGUAAAAAAUGACGAGUUGGUGAUUGUAUUCAAGUUGAGGAAAACGUUGAGGAAUUCUUUGAGGUUCAAUUUGGCCAUUGUGGAGCAUAGAACUCUUCGUCAUCGUCGUCUGAGUAGUCACCUGAGAGAGUAUAGAAAGAACUAUGAUCGUCAUCAUCAUAAUCUGCCUCGUCAACCUCGUCAGCCUCAUCAUCGUGACAUUGUUCUUCAAUCGAAGCAAAAUCGGAUAAGGCUUGAAAAGAACGCGGUUGAACAGACUGCUUUAUGAUAUGGUUGGGAGUCUCUGUGGUGCCAACAGGUUCAAUUGAAGUGUGGGUCGAAUUCUUCAAAAAUGGAGAGUCAAAACAAAUACUCAAUUCGGCUCCCAAAGGCGCAAGAACUUGUGGUUUCUGACUAGCGAAAUCAGCUGGUGAAGGAGGUGGGACACUUGCUUUAGAGCGUUGACGCCCGAUGCGCUGUGCAGAAAGUUGAAGCUUGAUGAUCGAAAAACCUAACUCAUCGUCGUCAUCAUCAAUCUCUUCUGAACGAGGGGGGCUUAUUGAAGAGGUUUCAGAACUUUGCGAGCUAGAAUCAAGGUCUUUGCUGUAAGUGGAAUUGUUGGAAGAAGACAUAGAUGAUCGACGAGUGUUCAUUUUAUUGUAUUGACUCCACGGUUCGCAAAGGUGUGUGUUCGGAUGAGUGCCAAGUGCAGGGAUAAAGGGCUGAAUGUCUGAGCUUCGCCUUUCCCUGGAGCUCUUAACUCGAGACUUUAACUUGGAGAAAGAUAAAGAAGCAGGGGCACUACGAAUUUUGGAGACGUAUGCACGAAAGUCGGGUUGAUGUUUU